AUGCACAAGUGGGAGUCACUAAGAAACCCAUCUAAGCUUAUUGAAAGGGUGAUUAGCACACAAUCAUCACAAGAAGUAGCAGAUAACCGACUCCGUCUUAUUACUACUAUAGAGAGUGUAAGGUUGUUGGCAUGCCAAGGAUGUGCUUUUAGAGGCCAUGACGAAUCGGUUAAUUCAUCUAAUGGUGGCAAUUUCAAUGCGGUUGUGGAUUCCUUUGGAAGAAUGAAUAUAGAUAUUCGCAGAGUCUUACAAAAUGCUCCUGGGAAUGCUAAGUAUACUUCUCCCAUUAUUCAAAAACAAAUUUUAAAUAUACUUGGUAACAAAGUUAGAACCAAGAUUCGGGAGGAAGUGGGAGAUGCCAAAUUUUGUAUCCUUGUUGAUGAAGCUGUUGAUGUAUCUAAUAGGGAACAAAUGGCUAUCAUUCUUCGAUUUGUUGAUUGUGAUGGGUUUAUUAGAGAACGGUUUUUCAAAGUGCUUAGUGCGGCAGACACUUGUUCUCAAACUCUAAAAGAUGAGAUAUCCAAAGUUCUUACUCAAUAUGAUCUUCAACUAGAAAAUAUGCGUGGGCAAGGAUAUGAUGGUGCUAGCAACAUGCGGGCUAAAGGGGUGCAUGAUAUUUGGGAAUUCUUUUCAACUCUAAGUUUGAUUGUAAAUUUUGUUGAUUCUUCUGCAAAAAGACAUUCAGCUUUGAGAGUUAUCAGAGAAGAAGAAAUUGCAGAUUUAGUGGCUGCUGGAGCAAUUGAGACUGAUAGAGGUGCUAAUCAGCUUUGCACUUUGCAACGAGAAGGGGCUACUCGUUGGGGUUCACAUCUUCGCUCUAUUUCAAGUUUGAUUAAGUUAUUUGGAGCUACCCAAACAACUCUUGCAGAUUUGGUUGCAAAUGGACCAAAUAAAUUACAAGGAGAAGCAAAGUGUGUAGGUAAUGCAAUGAAGCGUUUUGAUUUUGUGUUUUGCUUGCUUUCGAUGCAUGAUGUCAUGAAGAUUACUGAUUUUCUUUGUCAGUCAUUGCAAAAAAAAGCCAUAGACAUCUUCAAUGCUCUCAAUUUUCUUUCAAUAACAAAAUCAAAAUUUCAAGAUAUGAGAGAAGAUGGUUGGAAUGAUUUGAUUGUGAGGGUUGAAUCAUUUUGUUGUCAGUAUGAUAUUAUUAUGCUAGAUAUGUCUGCUCCUUACAAGAAAAGUACAAGGGCUUAUGAACAAAAUAUUACAAAUGAGCAUUAUUAUCAGGUCAAUAUACUUAAUGCUGUGAUAGACUUUCAGUUGGCAGAGUUGGAUAGUAGAUUUGCAGAUAAUUCGUUGGAGCUCCUUCUUCUUAGUGCUACAUUAGAUCCACAUAUGGAGUGUGGGUAUUUUCUAGCAGAUAUUCAGAAGGAUCCAAGAUUUGCCAACACAACUACUGUGUCUGAUUUGUGUCGCCGGUUAGUUGAAUCAAGAAAGUCAGCAUUCUUUCCUAUGAUUUAUAGAUUGAUUUGUCUUGUGCUGACUCUGCCAGUUUCUACAGCAACAACAGAGAGAGCAUUUUCAUCUAUGACCAUCAUAAAAAACAAAUUUCGAAAUAAGAUGGAAGAUGAGUUUUUUGAUGAUUUGAUGGUUCUCUACAUCGAAAUAGAAUUUGCCGAUAGCAUUGAUAAUGAUUCUGUGAUUGCUGAGUUUGAAGUGAGUGGGCCUCGAAGGGUAUGA